UCACCCCGGGGAAGCGUGUGGCACCUGUGUGUUUACCUGUGUGUGUGUGUGUGUGUGUACCCGUGUGUGCACCUCGUGGCCAAGGCUGUCAGCAGACCGGGCAGCUAACUACUCCUAAGGGCGCCUCUUCUCUCUGUGCCUCUGUCAAAGGUGUCACAUCGUUUUUAAAGGUGCUGACACAGGGGCCACAGACCACUCACAGGUGGGUGCCGCCCCUGGGCCCAGCCACCAGCCAGACCCUGGAGGCAGCUUGCCGGCACCUCAGGCUGCACGUACAUAACACCAUCACCAGUGAUGCCGGGGCCUCGCGGCUACGAUUACUGGCGCAAGACGCUGGGCGGCGCGCGGCUGGCGGUGGCGCCCAUGGUGGACGCGUCGGAGCUGGCGUGGCGGCUGCUGUCCCGCCGCUACGGUGCCGAGCUGUGCUACACGCCCAUGCUGCACGCCAACGUGUUCGUCAAGGACGCGCGCUACAGGCGGGAGAACCUCUCGUCCUGCCCCGAGGACCGGCCGCUCAUCGUGCAGUUUUGCGCCAACGACCCGGACACCUUCGUGGCGGCGUGCCAGCUGGCGGCCCCGCACUGUGACGGCGUGGACCUCAACCUUGGCUGCCCGCAGGCCAUCGCGCGGAGGGGCCACUACGGAGCCUUCCUGCAGGACGAGUGGGACCUGGUGCGGACCAUGAUCCACCGCGCCUCAACCGAAGUGGACGUAGCUGUCACUGCCAAGAUUCGCGUGUUUGAGGACCUGGAGCGCACGGUGGAGUACGCCAAGAUGCUGGAGGGGGCCGGCGCUUCCCUACUGACGGUGCACGGGCGGACGAGAGAACAGAAGGGACCGCUCACAGGACUCGCCUCGUGGCCACAUAUCAAGGCGGCGAAAGAGGCCGUCAACAUCCCAGUCCUGGCCAACGGGAACAUCCAAUAUCUCGCUGACGUGGAUAGGUGUCUGGCGGCUACAGGGGCUGACGGGGUGAUGAGCGCGGAGGGGAACUUGCACAACCCCGCCCUCUACUCCGGCAAACAUCCCCCCGUGUGGCAGGUGUCCCUCGAGUACCUGAACCUGGCCCUCGAGCACCCCUGUCCGACUAGUUACGCUCGGGGCCACCUGUUUAAACUCCUGCAUCAUUGCCUCUGCAUGCCUGAGAACUUCGACAUUCGCUACCGACUCUCCAAGACCUCGCGCGCCGAAGACAUGAUACGCGUUGUUGAGGACCUUCGGGAACGCAUGUCACCCUACCACCGGGGAGAGCGACCCUGGGAACCCGACCCUGGGAGCGAUCAGGCCCAGCUCCCAAUGCCCCCGUGGUUGUGUCAGCCCUACGUUCGCAUUCCCCCCGAGGAGCAUUUGAAGAAGGUGCAGGAGAGUCAGCAACGAGCUCUCGUGAUCCAGCGACAGCGACAGUUGGAGGAAGAGCGGCAGAGGGCGGAGGAGGAGAAGGAGGAGGAGGCGAAGGAUGGGAGCGACAACAACAAGCGGCCCAUCGGGGAGGAGGGCGAGGCGGGCGAUCUGUCCAAGAAGAAGAAGAAGAAGAUGGUGAGGAACCCGAGAAAGUCCUUCCGCCACCAGCACGACCACUACGAGAAGUGUGUGUGUCGCAACCCGAGGGGCGGGCGGUGCUCCCAUGGGCUCUGUCGGGCGUGCUGCAAGGUUAAGUGCUACACCCAGGGCCUUGACUGCCCCGGCCACCGCAUCCUGGUCAAGACGAAGCGCGAGAAAGCCGCGAUAUACUACGCCCAGCAGGAGGCGCUGAAGAAGGCGGCGGCGGAGGAGGAGGCGAAGGAGGCGGGAGAUGGAACAGAGCAGAACAAGGAAGAGAAGAACGAUCUCCACCUUCAGGCUGCCUCGUCGUCGCCUCCGCCGUCUCCGCCACUCACAGUCGAGGCGGCGGGUCGUGAAUCAGGGAAGACAAAUGAAGCCGAGGAGAAAGCUGAAGUGGAAAACUCAAUCGGCGUUUUACUCCAAGAGGUUCCCAAUGGCCUUCAAGAGGAGAACCAAGACUCUCAGGAAUCCACCACUACCACCUAGCCACAUACACCCACACGCACACACACACUCACACGCACACGCACACUCACACGCACACGCACACGCACUCAGCAUCAGACAGACUGGAUCUAUUUUGAAUAAACGGGGGACUUGUA